GACGGCUGCAGAGGGAGGGAGGAGCGGGCGACAUCUUGGAUUCAUGAGUGAACGGUGACCGCAGCCUGAAACACAAAAUACACUCAAUAACUCAGAGCUUCGGUCAGAACCGAACACAGCUGUCUCUGCUGAGCCGGUCCAGGUCCGGUCCGGAGGGAGACACAGAGACAGACACGCAGAGAUUAUCUUUCCAGUGACUGACAGCUUGGCUCUGCCUCUCUUCAGUUUUCCAAAAUGGCCUGUAAACAGUGAGUGAGACCAACACCAUGAUCGGAGGACUCUUCAUCUACAACCACAAGGGCGAGGUGCUGAUCUCCCGUGUCUACCGUGAUGACAUCGGGAGGAAUGCGGUGGAUGCGUUCCGUGUGAACGUGAUCCACGCACGUCAGCAGGUGCGCUCGCCCGUCACAAACAUCGCCCGAACCAGCUUCUUCCACGUCAAGCGCUCCAACAUCUGGCUGGCUGCCGUUACCAAGCAGAAUGUCAACGCAGCCAUGGUGUUUGAGUUCCUCUACAAGAUGUGUGACGUCAUGACCGCCUAUUUCGGCAAGAUCAGCGAGGAGAACAUCAAGAACAACUUUGUGUUGAUCUACGAGCUUCUAGAUGAGAUCCUGGAUUUUGGGUACCCCCAGAACUCUGAGACCGGAGCCUUGAAGACCUUCAUUACUCAACAGGGUAUUAAGAGCCAGCAUCAUACGAAAGAGGAGCAGUCUCAGAUUACCAGUCAGGUCACUGGACAGAUCGGCUGGAGACGUGAAGGCAUCAAAUAUCGCCGCAAUGAACUCUUCCUGGAUGUACUGGAAAGUGUGAACUUGCUGAUGUCACCGCAGGGUCAGGUGUUGAGUGCCCAUGUGUCAGGGCGUGUGGUGAUGAAGAGCUACCUGAGUGGAAUGCCAGAGUGCAAGUUCGGCAUGAACGACAAGAUUGUCAUCGACAAGCAGGGCAAAGGUGGCACUACCGAUGACUCAGGCAAGAGUGGGAAACAGUCCAUUGCGAUCGAUGACUGCACGUUCCAUCAGUGUGUCCGUCUCAGCAAGUUUGACUCGGAGCGCAGUAUUAGCUUCAUCCCUCCCGACGGAGAGUAUGAGCUCAUGAGGUACCGCACCACUAAAGACAUCAUCCUCCCUUUCCGCGUCAUCCCGUUGGUCCGUGAGGUGGGCCGCACCAAACUGGAGGUAAAGGUGGUGAUCAAGUCUAACUUCAAGCCCUCCUUGCUAGCACAGAAGAUAGAGGUGCGCAUUCCUACUCCACUCAACACCAGUGGGGUUCAAGUCAUCUGUAUGAAGGGAAAAGCCAAGUACAAAGCCAGUGAGAACGCCAUUGUUUGGAAGAUCAAGCGAAUGGCUGGUAUGAAGGAGUCUCAGAUCAGCGCUGAGAUUGAGCUGCUACCCACUAAUGACAAAAAGAAGUGGGCUCGCCCACCCAUCUCCAUGAACUUUGAGGUACCUUUUGCUCCAUCAGGACUGAAAGUGCGCUACCUGAAGGUCUUCGAGCCGAAGCUGAACUACAGCGACCAUGAUGUCAUCAAAUGGGUGCGUUACAUCGGCCGCAGCGGCAUCUAUGAGACCCGCUGCUAACAGCAGCCCCUCCGUGAGGAGGGGGGAGAGACGUAGACGAAUAGUCGGGCGGGAUGAACAGAGGACGAGGAGAAUGGAGUUAUUCAUUGUCUCACUCUCCCCUCCCUCCCUCAACUUUUUAUACGGGGCUCUGUUCACAACAAAAACAACAACAAAGGGAAACACUAAAAGAACAUCCAAAACAACAUCACAGAUCAAAACAAAUGUGUCCUUCAGAAUAAAACGUAAAGUUUAUCUGCAAUGAUAAAAAUAGUUUAUCCUCAUCAGCCCCUCCAGAAGUUCACUUGCUAUGAGAUGAGAUGUAAACCCCCACUCAUUUCUCCUUUUCUAAUUCUUCCACAACAUGCAUUCCAGACCCUCAGUCCCCAUUGAAUCCCAACUAAUGUGGGGCCCUUUUCAUCCCGUAAUUAGCACUGAACCUGUGUUCCUGCUCACAGGCGCUAUCAGUGUGGCCAUUUCCUGCUCCUUAAUCUCUUGGGGCUUUCGCACCGGACAUUUCUAGGAACUAGUAGCCACCAGGGUGGUUCCAUUAGAAUUAAUAUUCCCAGAGGGCCGUUUUCCUGGUUGCAUUCGCACUGCCAGUAGGAACUAUGAAGUGACGUAAGCUGCGCUUGUUGUUGUGACUUUUAUUUUGAUGGAGCUGAGAACGCCAGAGCCUGAGAACACAGCGCUUGCAUUCUCCAUCUUCAUUAGUUCACAGUUUGUUUAACAGCCUGUCUAAUAUCUAUGUUAUUAGAUAGAACUAUUACACAACGAAAGAAAGAACAUUAGCGUUUGCCGUGUGGUUGAUGUCCAAUGUCACUAGCUGAGCAGAAAUACAUUGGUUUUGCUUGUUCCCUCAAAGUUGCGUUGUAUUUUCUCCUUAACUCAAGAGGUCCAUCUGUCAUUGUUUUCCAUGUUCGUAGAGUUAGUUUGUAGAGUAAAUAUAUAGGCUAUAAUCUGUGUGUGUACAUGGCUUUUUAAAAAAAUGGCAGGUACCAGUGUUUCACGUGCGUUUGACCAGUCAGCAUACACUUACGUCGCUGGUAGUUCCUAUAGUGCUGGUUUAGACCCUACUCUGAAGUAGGAGCUAAUUUAGUUUCCCCAGAAGGAGUCCCUAGAACUAAAAUCCUUCCUAGUUCCUGCGGUGCGAACAUGGCAAAAUCCGGGUACUUCCGCCAAUAGUUCUAAGAACUAUGAUAAGGUUCCUCCAGUGUGAAAGCCCCUUCUGUCUGCUAAUCUGGACCCUGGAAACAUUACCCUUCAUGCUUCAUUUUUGUAGUUGUGUCUCCUAAGAGUAUUAGUUAGGUAUCGUCCAUGUUCUUGUUCUCAGUGAAUUGGUGUAAAUGUUAAGCCAAUGGCCCCACAAUGUUCUUGAGCGUAAACUUUUCAUUGGUCAUUUUACGUACGUAAGUUACCAUUUUGUCUUAAUUUUUUUUUGUCUCAAUAUAAAAGAAUUUCUCUGUGACCAAAAUGAGGUGCGAGGAUGUUUGAAUUAAAGCAACAAACCGUACUAAUGCUUAAGUCCAGCUGUCUGUGUGCAUAUACAAUACUAUAUACACUGUAACAAAACCACCACGGCGAUUUAGACGAGUUUUAGCUUUCAUUUGGUGUCAUAUAGUGACUGGCGUGUACGUGUGUGGGUCAGGGGUCCCCAACAUCUCUCAGGGACUUUGCAUUUGUGUGCUUAACAUUCUUUCCAUGUCACACUUUAACUUUCAUCAACAUUUGCCACUUUGUUUACUUGACUGAAGUUUACUGUGCAUUUCAACAUUUCUCCUGAGAUUAGUUUGCCUGCAAAUGCAACUUCAAAAGGACGCAUUUCACUAAAUACAUAAGAGAGGGGCUAGAAUAUUAGGGAGUCCCUUGGAUUGUUCCUAGGGAUGAUCUCUAAACCUCUUUCUUUAGUCCUGAUCUAAGGCAGGAGAUUUGGGAGAUGUCAAAACAUAUAAGCCGUGUCUGCCUUUAAGGUCUAUAACACCGUGCUCGUUCCUUUCAUGUGCAUGAAAACUCUUCACUCUGCGGAAGACUCCGGAGGAUUUAUCUUAAUGCGAAUGCAUUUUGGUUGAACAGCACAGAGAUGGAAGCACAGUUUAGUUGACAAAAACUGUCUGGCCUUGACAUUUGUGCUAUCUGCGUUGUUUAAGGCAACACUUCAAACUCGAUCCUGCAGAUUUAAGUGUGCAUCAUCUUGAACACUUUUGCCAUAAACUUACACUGUCUGAUGUGUUUCAGCUCUGAGAGGUGAUGAGGCUCCUUUUGCAGUGUAUUGUCUUCAUUUGGUAACUUUGUGAUGUUGUCUUAAUCCUAAUAAAAUGUGUAAUCAAUUA